AUGACGACCACCUGUCUGAAGCCUGUUCUUGACCCACAGCGACAGUUCUAUCAUUGUCGAGACUUCUGCUCCUCGGCUAUGGGUACUUCCGAUGACUAUUGCGCCAUAUGUGGCGGGCCUUUCAGGGAAAUUUAUAUCGCUGAAAAGCCCCGAACAGCAGCGUUCCUGAAGAAAUGGGCGAGAGACAUAGAACAGCAUCGAUCGGGGGACAAAGCUGCGCAUGCGAAAGGCUGCAUUGUCGACGAAUAUGACGAGGAAGGCGAUGAAGAAGAACGUUGGGAACGGUUUGAAGAGGAAAAAUCUUACGACCAGGAUAUCAUCAGCGUGGAAGACGUGAAAUGGGCCGAGACACUCCAUGUUCUGGCACUGAACCCCAAUGCAGAGGGGGGGACUUAUAAAGCUUUUGUCAGCGGGCCCGGCACUUACGACGAGGUUGGAGGUGUUUUCGUCGACGAUGGUGACGACCCAAAUGCAGAGGACUUCGACUUUGGCCGGGUAUUAUGCUACCAAAAUCAGGAUGACAACCGUGAUGCCAUUUUCCCUUUCCACUGGUGCUGCUACGAGAUGCUGUCCAAGUGCAUUACCGGGUCUUUCGAAGCUAGCAGCUUUAGCGACGAUGGUGUCCUGGUGUACAGCAUUGACAAUGACCUCCUGUACAGCAUUAUGCAGGAGCUGCUGAGGAAUUUCGGCUACAAGUCUUUCUCGAACAUCGACUAUGGUGAGGCGCGUCGCAUGCAGGAACAAACUUGGGAGAUAGAACCUGGUUACGAGUUCCUUGUGCGCCAUCCCCUCGACGUGCCCGGCGCCAACGAGGCUGUCUUGUCUGUUUUUUCAUCGGAUGCUUUCAAAUCAAGGUCUCCUUGCAGUGACUUCGGGAGCCGCGUCCGGCGUGAUCCUUUCCUCAGGGUGCCUUACGACAUAGUACACAGGAUAUCUGGCCUCGUAUCAAACGAAGAUCUCAUCAACCUGGCGAGGGCGUCAUGGCCAAUCCACUGUCUUUUGCAUAACAACGACCAGUUCUGGCGGCAGCGCAUCGGGGCGUCCUUCCUGCCUUGGUUCCUCGAGUUUGGAGCGCUUCUCGAGCAAGACGAAACGCUCUUGCAGAGCAACAACCCUCAGCGCAUCUUCCAAUGGCUGGAAAGGUCGACACGCUCCGACAGAUGGCUGACAGGACCUCUGAUGGGAGUAGUCAACCGGCGCCGCAUCUGGUCGGCAUGUGAGCAGUUUAGCCAACUCUAUCGAGAGCACAAGGAACUUCAGAAUGAUGCCUCCAUUAGCGACGAAGAGAGACUGAUACGGAAAUACUCCAAGAGCGUGCACCCUACCGUCGUCGCGUCUCCAAAAGCGACCAUACUCGGUCCCACACGCAAAGUGUUUUGGGCGAAGACGUGGCCCGAGCUCCGGUCUCAAGAAAAGACGCUUGAAACCUUCUGGGAUCGUCGUGGCUCACUCGUUGGCAUCUCGUUGACUCCCGACGGCCAAAGAAGACGGCUCCUUGGGAUGUCUGACCUCGAUGACGAUGUCUCCAGAGAAUCCAUGAGGCUUGGGGCAGAGGAGUGGAUAAAAGGGUUGGUCAUUCAUCUGCCUAUCCCAACUUACCUAGAUGAUAAUCGAUUAGAGACGUCCCCGAAGGGCCUGACGGUCCUCCUCGACUCCGGUAGGACGUCAGUCAUGGGCUCCACAUCCGAAUGUCAAAUGCAACAGCUGCUCUCAUCCGCCCCAGACUGGUGCAUCACGGGCAUCCACGGCAAUACAGGGGUUGUCAGAGGCAACCUACAGCUCAUCCGGAUCGGCCUGGUACAAGCGCAGCCGUCCGAACUUCAAGUUGUCGACUAUUCGACGCCCCCACACCGUCUUCGGCACCCGCAUCGAGGUUCACUCGAAGAGCUUACGUGGGAUGAUGACUAUUCGCAAAUACUAGGGCGGAGAAUCCAAGAAUACCAGGGUCUCCAGCUGACGGACCAUCGGAAUUACCAUCAUAGCGGUAGGGGAUAUUUAGCUAAUGAUCUGGUCUCUUGUGGGGCCCUGAUCUGGGCGAAGAACGCGGGUGAGCAUCGGUCGCUGAGACGGCUCACGGGCUGUAUCGUCUCCGCCAGAGACCAGUCUGGCCCAGUCCGCGCCUGUCUUUCUGGCCUCAGUGCCGAGCACGAACCCGCGACAGACAUGCGGCGGAUGGUCGGCGUCAACCAGCCAGACGGCAUCUUCGAGUCCUUUGACAUUGAUGGGCCGGGAGGGGAGGUGGUGACAGAGUUAGAAGUGCCUGCGGAACAGUAUACAAGGGCUCUGAAGAUUCACACCAGCCUAGGGCGGACGCACUCUUGGGGCGAGAAAGGUGCGCACGCGUUUAGUUAUGGGAGAACCAUCGAGGCGCGACCUGGCGAGACUCUGGUAGGUAUAGUCGUGAAGUUUGGGGGCCUUGACCAGUUGCGGGAUGAUGUGGACGAGGCUCUGGGGCACAACGUGAUGACCGUCGUCGGCGGUCUGUCGAUGCAGCUUGAGGCUUCACUUUAA